AAAAAAUCUUCAAACGUGGAACAGCGGAUUACCUUUUGCCCUUAAAAACAUAAAAAAAAAAACAGAAAACUGUCAAGUGAAAAUAAAUUAAUAACGAGUUGAACAAACCCAUAAAGUGCGCGAAAUGUUGAGCUACGUGUAAAAGCGACUAAAAGGAUCCUAUAACUCUGUGAGACACAAAUUAAACAUACAAAUCGGGAUAGAAAGUUAAAGCUAGUGAUCCCAUUGUAUUCGGAGAGUUCUAAACGACGACAAAUCGUUCUGUUACUUGAGUGAAAAAAGUUACAACCACAAGAUGACAAGAAGACGUUCGAGUCCGCCGGGACUCGAGGAGCUGCUCUAUCUGGCGCUCGUCCUGCUGGCCAUGGCCCUGAUACCCACACAAGCCGCCCCGGUCCAGGAAUACACGGAGAUCCAACAGUAUUCGGAGGGCUGCUACUACAACUAUGCACACUAUCAAGAGGGCGACCGCAUCAUGACCAAUGAGCCGUGCCUGAACUGCACCUGCCACAACCGCAUGCUGAUGUGCUACCUGCGCGUCUGCCCCUUCACCAAGCCCAUUGGCCACGACUGCAUCGUGGAGAAGCGGGAGGACCAGUGCUGUCCCAUCAUCACCUGCCCAGAAGUGCCAGUGGAUGUGCCCUAUCAUUCCCCCGAACCCGGUACCGAGCUGAGCAUCCCCGAGAAGUUCGGCUGCAGCAUCGAGGAGAAGUUUUACCCGGAGGGCGCCCAGGUGCCAUCGAACCCCAACAAGCCAUGCGAACUGUGCUACUGCAUCAACAACCAGACCAAGUGCGUCAUGCAGGAGUGCACUCUGCACGUGGACGGCUGUCUGCCCAUCUACAACAAGGGAUCCUGUUGCCCAGUGCGCUAUAGCUGCGACCAUGAGAACGAGCUGGACUUUGUGGAGCAGUCGACCACCACCACAACGACCACUGUGCGCCCUACAACUGGAUUCAUCCUGGAAAGCACCAUGACACCACCAACCACCACCGACUGCAUCCACGAUGGCGAGGUAUACGCUGAUGGAGCCUCGCUGAGGGGUAAGAAUGCCUGCGAGCACUGCUACUGCAUGCGCGGAGACAUCGUGUGCGCCGUUCAGGAAUGCGAGAUGCCCAUGAUAGGGGCCGAUGGAAAGUCCUGUCAAGCAAUGCCAGCUGCCGAGGGCCAGUGCUGCCCGAGCAAUUAUGUCUGCAAGGACGAUAGUGCCACCACCGAAAUUAUUGAGGUCACCACAGCGGAGAGUGUUACUUCGGUGCCAUCCAAGGGUAUCCAUGCUGAGAUUCCCAAGGAGGAUGUUGAUCUGCAGGAGCACAUUGAUGACGAGGAGAAAAAUCAGGAUAAGGAUAAGGACAGCGCUACCGAUGUUCCAUCCGUGGAGCUGGGCAGCGGUGAGAUUGAGGACGAAGACGAGGAGGAGAAGGUUAAGGCCACCACGGUUGCUCCAGUGCACGUCACGGACGAAAAGGACUUCUCCUUCGAGCCCGAAUCCUCUACUGCUGGCAUUGCCUCCGAUUCCAGGAUCGAUGUGCCAUCGUCCACCGAGGAACCCAAGGAACCGUCCACCGAAGCCAUCGCCGAGGAGGAGAUUCUCAAGAUUGUCACCACUCCAGAACCCGAGGGUAGCGGCGAAGAGGAUGAUUCCAAGCCUGCUCAGAUUCCCGAGCAGGAAGUCACUGAGGAUGAACUCAUCGAGGUCAGCACUUCCGCUCCAGCCAAGGCCAGUCCGGAGGAGGAAGUGGUUAAGGCCACCACCUCGGCGCCAACGGAAGAAGAGGACGUCGCUAAGCCCACGCCAGCCGGAGAGCCUUCUCUGGAGGAAGGAAGCGGUGAAGAAGAGAAGGAUGUCAAGGUCACAGCAGCUCCAGAGGAAACUCAAGAGGAGGCGAAGCCCACUACCGCUCCAGUGGCAAGCGACGAAAAGGAGGAGGAACUCAAGCCCGCCGAGGGAAGCGGUGAAGAAGAGCAGGCAAUCAAACCCACUGUGGCUCCAGAGGAAAGCGCUGAGGAGGACAGCGAAGUCGAAUCCACUUCAGCUCCGACGGCAAGCGAUGAAACUGAACAGGAAGCCACUUCAGCUCCAGAGGAGAGUAAGGAGCAAGAGGCAGACAAGCCCACUCCAGUUCCGUCAGCCACCGAUGAUGUGGAACCAGCGAAGCCCACUGAAUCCCAAGAGGAAGCCAGCAGUGAGGGUGAAGAGGACAUCGUCAAGGGCACCACUCCUGCAGGAGAAGCAAGCAGUGAGAUUGAAGAGGAGAUUGUCAAGGAAACCACACCUGCCGAAGAAGCCAGCAGUGAGGGAGAAGAGGAGAUCGUCAAGGAAACCACUCCUGCCGGAGAAGAAAUCAUCAAGGGAACCACUCCGGCCGCAGAAUCCAGCAGCGAAGCUGAAGAGGAGAUCGUCAAGGGUACCACUCCUGCCGGAGAAUCUAGCAGCGAAGCUGAAGAGGAAAUCGUCAAGGGAACCACACCGGCCGGAGAAGCCAGCAGCGAAGCCGAAGAAGAGAUCAUCAAGGCAACCACUCCUGCCGGAGAAGUCAGCGGCGAAGAGGAGAUCGUUAAGGCUACCACUUCAGCUCCUAAAACCGGAGAUGAAACUGAGAUGGAACCAGAUACCGCCACGGAUGCUUCAGUGGAAGAAGUCGAGGACUUGGCCAAACCAACAACGCCAUUUGCUGAGACCGUGGAAGAAGCCAUUGCUGGAACACCCAUUCCAACUGAAGAUGUCAGUGCUGAAGAGGAGAUUGUUAAGGCCACAACACCAAAGACCUUGGGAGAGCAGCCCCCAGCUGCUGAGGACUCUACCGAGUUGCCAGUGGAAGAGGGAGAUCUGCCCAGCUCGACAGGUGCCCCAACAAUGGCCUCCUCGACCGAAGGUGUCCAGGAUACUUCAGUUGCACCUGCACGAGCUGGCGAUAAGGACGAAGCCGGAGUUACCGAACCCACUGCCGAGAAAGAUGACAAAGAAUCCGGAGAGGUCGAAGAGGAUGCCACAGAUCUGCCAGUCUAUGAUGCUGUCACGAGCACAACUGCCAAGACCACAACCACUGAGAAGACCGAAGAGGAGUCCUCAACUGAAGCAGCCGAAAUCGAGACCUCCACUAGUGCACCCGUUGACAAACAGGAGGUGCCAGACAAGGAUCAGAAGGAUGAGGAUGUUGCGCAAACAAGCACUGAACUGCCGGCUAAAUCUGACAUUGUGCCUUCCAGUCAGCCAGUCAGUCAGACCAGUGACGAAGCCGCCACAGAUAAGCCAACCUCCGUUUACCUGCCACCUGCCGGAGAUAAGGAUUCUACCGAAGAUGAGCCCACUGCGACUGAACCCUCUGUCCAAGAAGAGGAGCCAUCCAAACCAGUGCCCCAGCAUAUUCCAUCCAGCAGUCCUGCCACAGUUGACAAUCGCAACGACUUCGAGGAGUCAGAGAAGACAACCCAGCCGCCUAGUAGCGAGGAUCAGCCCUUGCCCGCCAUGGAUUUGCCCGCCGUCAUUCCAGGCGAAGGUGACUGCCUGGUGGAGGGUAAGACCUAUGCCAACAACACCAUUGUACCCGCCACCGCUCCCUGCGAUGUGUCCUGCAGAUGUGUCAGCAGCCUCGUGGCCUGCCAACAGAUGGAGUGCAAGUUGCCCGAGAACCUGGAGAAAUGCACCGUGGCUGCCGAUCUUGUGGAUGGUUGUUGUCCCACUUACAACUGCGAUGAGAGCAUUGAAAGCGUCGAGAAAGAGCAGGACUCCACUGCCAAACCCGACGACAAGAUCGAUGAGGAUGUCUCUGAGAUCAGCACCGAGGAAAUUCCCAAGGACGUUAUCAUGCCUACUGGCAUUACUGAACAGCCUCUUUCUCAUGUCAAGCCCGAUGAAGAAGAGAUCCAGCCAGUGACUACAGUUCCUAUCCAGGUUGCUGAAUCUACCACUGCUAGGACUGAUAAGAAACCAGUUGACGAAUCCGAGGAGGUUCAAAAACCAGUUGAAACCUCCACUGAAACCGUUGAGGAUGAGAAACCAAUUGAUGAAUCCGAGGAGGACAAGAAACCAGUUGAUGAAUCCAAGGAUAAGAAACCCGUUGAUAAGGAACCCAAGCCCGAGGACGAGAAGAAGACAGACGAUGAUUUCGUGGCGGCCACGGAGCAGCCAGAGGCUUCAACUCCAUCUCAAUUUGCCGACGAUGCCGAGAAGGAGACUGAAGACAAACUGGCCACCACAGUUGCUCCCAUUGAAGAAACACAUGAGCCGGUCGAUGAAAAGAUUCCUGCUGAACCAGAGCCAAUUCCUGAUGAUGAAGUCCUUGCCAGUACUGCUCAACCCGAGAAGGAGACGCCAGAGCCCUCCACUGAACUGCCAACUUCUGAUACCGACAAGAAAGCAGAGGCGGAGGAACCAGCUCCAGCUACCCAGGCUCCAGAAUCCGACAAGGUUCCCGAAGUUUCGACCAGUGCUCCAGCUGGAGAUGAGAUUGAAGGAUCUGAUAAACUCACAACCGUUUCUCCAUCGAAGGUUGCUGUUCCUGACGAAAAGGAAACUGCUGGUAAUGAAGAUAUCGUUCCUGCCACCUCUGUGCCUAUUGAAAGUGAAAUUAGUACUGAUAAGCCAGCCGAGCACGGACAUAAACUACCCACACAGCCAGAGGAGAAACCAGUCGAGGAAGAGUCCUCUACUGAGACUGAUAUUAGCACUGAAGCAAGUGUUGAGGGUGAAAAGGAAACCGCUGAUGAGACUUCGGAGUCCGACAAUGAAAUCGAGGGCGAUGCUACUCCUGCUCCCGCUUCUGCUCCUGCCCCUGAAUCUGCUGAUGAGGACAAGACUCCAAGCACCGAGCAAACUGUCGAGGCCGAAAAGGUCACCACCGUUGCCCCAUCUGCUGGCGAUGAAGAGGAGGAACUUCCUAUUGCAAUCACAACCCCUGCUCCAACGAAGGAUGAAAUUGAGCCGAAACCAGUCGAAGGUGAACAGAAACCAGAGAGCCCAGUUGAAGAUAUACAAAAGCCCAUUGAAGACGAGUCAUCUACAGCUACUUCAGCUGAAAAUGAGAUCGAGCCUGACACCGAUCGUGAAACCACUGCUGCUCCUACUAAGGAAGAGUCUGUUGAACCCUCCACUGGAGCUCCUGCCUCUGAUGAGAGCAAGGAAAUCCUUGAAUCAGAAGUUCCCACAACUGUGGCUCCUGCUGGUGAAAAGAUUCCUUCAAGUAGUAUCACUCCCGAUGAGGAACCCACUGCCACUUCUGCUCCUACUGCCAAGCCGGACGAAGAUGUAGAAAAGGAAACCGUAACUGAAGCGCCUACACCCGUUACUGAUUCCUCUGAGGAACAAGAUAAGGAAAUAUCCACGGAUCAGACGCCAUCUCAGGUGGCCGAAGAAAAACCUGAAGCUCCCGCCAAGACUCCAGAGGAGGAAACCACUGAAACUACAGCACCAACGUCCGUUGAUGAGGUGCCCGUUGUCCAGAGACUGCCCGAAGAGGUACUUGCUGAGAUUCCGCAGUCCUCCACUGAAGCCGAUAUUGCAAAGGAAGACGAAACCAGUACUGCUCCAAGCAUUGGUGAGAAGGAACCUGCUGUCACCUCUAUUCCAUCAGUUGAAAUCGAUCAGGAAGCCACCACUGUUGCGCCUAUCUCUGAGAAGGAUGAAAGGCCAACUGAGGAGGAGAAACCAACUGGAGAAAAGAAACCUACUGAGGAGGAGAAACCAACUAGAGAAGAGAAACCAACGGAGGAAGAAAAACCAACUGGAGAAAAGAAACUUGCUGAGGAGGACAAACCAACUGGAGAAGAGCCAUCUGAAGAAGAGAAGCCCACAGAACAGGAGAUAUCAACUGAGGCACCAGUCAAGAUUACUACACCAGAAGAUAAGCUUGAAACCCAGGCUGCAUCUACUGAUGCUCCCGAGGAAGGAUCUUCAGAAUCGGUCGAAGAAGUCGCGUCAUCGACUGAAGCAACAGCUGAUGAGCAGCCCGAAGACAAACAGCCCUCAUCCACGACACAGGCACCAGUUGAAAAGAUUCCCGAAAUCUCUACCGAACUGCCAGCUGAACCAACCACUGCUCCCGUUGCCGCAGAUGAAGAGGCUUCCUCUGCGUCCAGUGAAGAAGACGAGAGUCCAGAGGUCACUACUGCCUCUCCUGCAGGAGUUGAUGACACCAAGGAAGUGGCACCAUCUUCCACCGAGAGGGCACCAGACUCUGAAGACAAGCUACCCGUGGACGAAAAGGAGAAACCUGAGCCUGCAACCCAAGUUCCCGACCUGGCUGCUGGUGGAGAUACCGAAAAGGAGGAAGAUGUUACUCCAUCUGAGGAGGAGGGAGAUGAAAUCAAACCAACAAUCGCCCCUGCUGCUGAAAGUCCCAAGCCUUCCGAAAAGGAACCCGCACUGGAUGAACAAGAAGUGGAGUCCACAACUAAGCCUAAAUCUGAUGAACAACCCAUUGAUGAGACUGUAUCCGCCACUUCUGGACCCAUCGAUGACUCUUCCACAUCUGGUCCUGCCAAGGAGGAGUCCAGCACCCAAUCUCAGGAGAAGGAAGAUAUUGAUAUCACUACCGAUGCUAGUCCAGCCUUGCCUGCUGUCCAGGAAGAUGACUUAAAGGGUGCCGUCACUGUGCAACCAAUUGUCGAUGAUAAGGAAGUUUUUGCUCCUCAGGACGGUUCCAAGACCAGCAUUGAUGUGUCCACCGAUUCUCCCAUUGCCGAAGAGGAUGAGGCUCCCAGCACAGUUUCUCCUGCAUCGCCAGCUGCUGACUCCACUGCUGAUGCUACCACUCCUUCAGUGGAUCUUCCUUCUGCCGAGGAGAUCGACAAGAAGCCCAUGGAAGAAGUCAUGUCCCAGACUAUUGCCCCGCAUGCCGCCGAUGAGUCUGCGUCCACAUCCACCGAGGACGAAGACCAGUCUCCUAUUACUGUGUCUCCUCAGGAUGCUGACAAGACUCCAGUUACCGUGGCUCCCCAGGACGCUGAUAAGACUCCAAUCACAGAAGCUCCCCAGGAUGCUGAUAAGACUCCAAGCUCAGAGGCUCCCCAGGAUGCUGAUAAGACUCCAAGCCCAGAGACUCCAAAGGAUUCUGAUAAGACUCCAAGCUCAGAGGUUCCCCAGGAUGCUGAUAAAACUUCAAGCUCAGAGGCUCCCCAGGAUGCUACUGAAUCUCCUCAAGAUGCAGAUAGGAUUCCAGUCACAGUGGCUUCUCAGGCUGCUGACGAAAUUACGGUUUCAGUCACUGCUGCUCCUUUGGAUGAAGAAAAGAUUUCAGCGACAGCAGCUCCCUUGGAUGAAGAGAAGAUUCCAGCCACUGCAGCUCCUAUGGAUGAUGAAAAGAUUCCUGCUACAGUUGCUCCAGUUGCUUCCGAUGUGGAGCCAAGCAGCGAGCAGCCUUCUGCUGCUGAGGAUGUUGGUGAAGAGAGCACCGAACCAGCUGUCGAUGAUGCCGAAGAUACUACUGAUGAGCCCAAGGCUGAUGCCAAACUGAAGCCACCCACUCCGGCUCCUGCCGUUCCAUCCGAAUCUCCAGUCACAGAGGCGGAGAUUGUGCCCGAAACUGCGGCUCCAGAAAUGGAAAAGGAGGAAGUGCCAGAGAAGGCCACGGAACAACCAGAACUGGAGGAGGAGGUUCCAGAAAAACCCACAGAACAACAAGAACCUGAGAAGGAGGUGCCUGAGAAGACCACGGAACAGCCAGAGGCGGAUAGCGAGAAGACCACUCCGGAGCCAGUAGUGAAGCCUAGCUUGGAUUCCACCGAGGAGGGUGAAGAGUCCGUUGAGUCUGAGGAGGAGCAUGCUCCAGUUACGGAAGCAGCUGACAAGGAGGAAGAGAGCAAGGAGACCGAGGAAGAGCCUGAAGUACCCGCCGUUGUCUCUGAGAUUACUAAGCCAAGUGAAGAGGCUGUCACCACCAGCACUGUGCACCCACUGUUCUCCCACCUGCCCAGUAGUACCACUCAAAAGCCAGCCAUCGAUGACCGAGUGGGCGAGGAGACUGAUGAAGAGAACACCACCGAGAAAUUAAGUAGUUCCAGCACCAGCAGCACCACCACAGAAGCUCCAGCGACCACGACGACGGUGGCCAGCCAACAGCAACAGCCCAUCACUCCACCGCCCUACGGCCACGGCCACGCCCCCGAGUACGAGGACGAGUACGAUGAGGAGGAGGUCUUCGGACCCGGAACUUGCCGCUAUGCCGGCAAGCUGUACGUGUCCGCCCAGCAGAUUCCACGUGACGAUCCAUGCGACUUCUGCUUCUGCUUCCGAAGCGACAUCAUCUGCCUGCAGCAAUCGUGUCCGCCGCCAAUCGCCGGCUGCCACGAGGAGCCCAUCUCCGGCUUCUGCUGUCCGCGCUACGAGUGCCCUGUUUCGAUGGCCGCCGUGCUGAACAUCACCACGAGCACGACCACCACCAGCACCACCCUGCCGCCCCACUUCCUGCACUACUCGCACGGCGAGGCGGUGAAGCACACCGGCUGCCUGAUCAACGGUCGAUCCUACCGCGUGGGCGAGCAGAUCGAGUCCACCAGCGGACCCUGCAUCAGCUGCACUUGCGGCGGCGACGGCAAGAUGAAGUGCGAUCCCCAGCAGUGCGUCCCCGAACCCACCAUGCAGCAGGUGAUGGCGGCCGUGGUGUCGGGACGCAAGAGAUGAACCACCAGCCAUGCUCACUAAAUAUAAUUUAACUAAUUCUUAAGCACUGCAGACAACAAUCACGAACCGACGAACCACAACCAGAACCAGAACCAGAAUCAACCAGACCAGAUAGCACCACUCGCCAACUAGCAGCAAUAGCAAUAGAGAUCACUAAUAUAGCCAGAAACCAGAAACAGAAUCUCGAAAUCGGAAUCGGAAUAGAAUAGGUGCCAAAAGCAAUAGUUAACCAGGACCAGAUGCAAUAGUGUUAAUUUUGGGUUUGCCGACACACAUUCGCACUCUUUCAAUUGGAUUACGACCAGCCCACUUGUUUCGGAUUAGGUUACGGUGACGAAGCAACCAGUGAUAUUGUACUGUAUACAUAGUAUAGGUGCAAUUAAUUUAGACGCGCUCACUUAAAACGAUUACUUAUUUGUAUGUGUACUAGUAUUUUGGGCUUGUGACCCUAGUGACAGGACAUAUAGCCAACAGCAUAUAGCAGCCGACGUAGCGCGUGCCUUGUAAGGUCGUUCAUUGUGUGUCCGCCGUGCCCGCCAUACAAUCGCUUUCAGGAGACUCUCAAUCAAGCACCCAAACACAAACACCACAUAUGUAUAGCGAAUAUAUUCCGGAUCCGGAUCAACCGCAAUCAAUGGCGUUACGAUGCCACGGCAUUCGGCCGCCGGACCGGAUUCUACACUUGCUAAUCUGUAUCCGUCCGGCGGCUCACUCUUCUCCAAUGCGCUUUUAUAGUAUUUUAGUCACCUUAUUUUAAACAUUAUUAUUUUUGUGUAUAAUUGUUGCUUCUAGUCUUCUUUUGUUGCAAGAGCAACGGAAUCCGCCUGUAACACGCGCACACAACCCGAUUGAUCGAUUUGUAAUCAAAUCAGAUCAGAUUAGAUCAAAUCGGAUCGGAUCGGACCAGUUGAAUAUCAAAUUGAGUUGAGUUGAGUUGAGAAACUGUAUCUUCUAUGAACUAUUCCAAGCUUUUAUACUUUUAUAUACAAAAAAUACGUGUAGAGUGGAGAAACGAACGAACUAGUUUUUAUAGCAAUUUUACAAACGAACGCACAAAUUGCAUAGUUUUUAACGGAUUAAAUUUGUACUUUGCCCGCAGCACCUCGAAAUGAAAAUGAGGUGGACAAACCGUGAAGUCUACAUAGAAUUUUUAGAUCAACUGAAACGGAAACUAAAAAUACGGAACCGAAAGAAGGAACACACUGUUCGGCUAUGGCUACUGCUCGACUGACUGAAAAUCACCCAGAUCGGGAAGGAGUUAACUUUGUAAACUAUUUUUUUUUAACGCCAGCUGCCGCGCUGGCUAUUAUACUUUAUUAGAACGCAACGCCCGGAUUUUCAGUCACUUGAGCUAUAGCAAUACGCCGUAAACUUGAAGCGUCUCAUCCACGCCGAAUGAAUACGAACAUCAAUUAGAUUUAUAUAAUCUCUAAAUAUAGUUGUAGCCCUAAGUAUUUAAUUUUAAAAAUAAAUAAAUAAAUUUUAAUUUAGAUCUUAUUUAUUUGAUAUGUCUUUUAAGAACAGCUCUUGUGUUUCCAUACCUUAUCAUAAUUUAUAUGCAGCUAUUCUUUGUAAUCUAAUAAAUAAAUACAACGCUUUUUAUUGAAAUGUA